AUGACCAUCUUCACUUGUACAUCCCCCACCAUGGCCACCAACACCACCGCCACCCCUCUCCCUCCCCCCAUCUUGCGACUCCCCGACGAGUUGCUCGAGGCGAUUGUAGAAUAUCUCCCACCCCGCGAGACUGUCGCGUGUGGCUGCACAUGCUCCCGCUUCAACAAAAUCACCUACGAACCGCUGGUUUGGCGACGACAUUGUAUCCGGCGAUGGCGCUUCUGGGACGAGAGGCACGAGCUGGAAGAGAAGCUGGCCCUCCCACCCGUGCAGACCAAAUGGCGACAAUUGUUCCAGCAGCGGGACAAGUCAGAUCAGGACGCAAUGGAGCUGUUUGAUAAGAUGCUCCUCACCCAGCAGCAUCGGUAUGCCCGCAUGGAAACACUGGCGGCCGGAGGAUAUGACGUGAAAGAUCUCAUGCGGAAAUUAAGGGAUAAGACGGAUGAUGAUGCGCACGAUGUCCUGGCCCGACGAUUCCACGCGACCGCCAUCUUGGGACAGAUCCACCGCGCGACGGCACUCGACAAGUGGACCCGCCUCCAGCAACGACAGAUGGUGCGACUGGAGGAGGUGCUCAGUGCAUACGACAUGUUUGUCCUGUCCGGCGAGAGGGGUGAUAUGAGGCAGAUUGAGCGGGAAUUGGAUCGUCUGGCCGAGUGUGUUCGCGCCACCACCUCCGACUUUGACGCCCUUUCCACCCGACAAAAGGCCAUUGAGACGGCACGCUAUCUCCGCGAGCAACGUUUGGUGGGAAAUCCCUCCGAAGACAACUACCAUGCUCUUCGCAACAACUUCCUCUCCAUGGCCCUCUUCGACGAACCACACACCUCGCUCCCUCUCCAAUCCGUUGCCAUUUACUGUGCAGUGGCGAGAAGAUUGGGUAUCAACGCCAAACCCUCCAACUACCCACAUCAUGUGCAUGCUGUCAUUGAGGCUCCAUGCGAUUAUACCCUCGAUGGCCAACGCAAGAGUUCCCUCGAUUCAUCGUCAACAGAAGAGCAUGUCACCGAAACGAUGCACAUGGAUCCGUGGCGUUCAUCCGAAGAAGUCCCUCAAGAAACCCUCCGUCUGCGUCUUCUUCAAAUGGGAGCUCCUCCAGCACACCACGCCCGGCAUUUAGGAAGCACCUCCACUCUGGAAGUCGCUCUCCGCACAGGCCGAAACAUUAUGACUUCGGUCCAGGACAGCCGCGAACGCCAACGAUCAGGCUCCACAUCAACACCCUAUCCCCUCUCAGAUCCCGAUGUUGAAGCUUCAUGGUACAGCAUGUUGUGGUCCAUGUUGGUCCUAGGUGACCACAAUGCCGACUCGUCUCUUCAUCGAAGAAAGCAAUGUCUCCCAUACCUCAUCGAACACUUCCAAGCUCACUUCCCCGAAGAUCUGGGAUUGAUUGAAAAGCAUCUCCCUCAUCUAUUCGAAGGCGAGCAAGAACACAACUUCCUCACACAACUCAUCACCACGGCUCGAGCAGCAGACGACAACAAGAAGGCUCCCAACUAUCGACAUGUACAAGAAAAGCAAACUUGGCGAGCAGACGAAUUCUCAACAACCAUGACGGAAUAUGUGACGAGGACCCUGCCCAUCAAACACAAAAUCGGCACUCACCYCCGCCACCGCCGCUUCGGCUACGAAGGCGUCAUCGUCGGCUGGGAUGUCCGCUGCGACGCCGAACCUCGUUGGAUCGAACAGAUGCGUGUCGACGACCUCCCUCGAGGCCGUCAUCAACCCUUUUACAAUGUGGUGGCCGAUGACAAGAGUGUGCGCUAUGUGGCCGAGGAGAAUGUCGUGGCGUUGACGACGGGAGAGGUGCCGGGAGAGGGCAUCAUGAGUUUGGCCGGCAGGUGGUUUCUACGCUGGGAUCCCAUGGCUGAAGGCGGAGGGAGGUUUGUGAGUAAUAUGAAGGAGGAGUAUCCGCAUGAUUGA